AUGUCCUCUUCUUCUUCCUCCUUCCUUCCCCCACCUUCAAAAUUGGAUGAAAAAAAAAUGGGAGAAAUUGAAAAAGGGAAAACCGGAAAUCUUCAUAUAUUGAUGUUCCCAUGGUUUGCGACUGGUCACAUUACUCCAUUUCUUCACAUCUCCAACGAACUAGCUUCCAGACGCCAUAGAAUCACCUUCCUUUUGCCCGAUAAUCCUUUCCCUCAUUUCCAAUCUCUAAAUCUCUACCCUAAUCUCAUUUCCUUCCAUUUCUUGUCUCUUCCCUCCGUCCCCGGCCUCCCUUCUGCCGCCCAAACCGCCUCCGACAUCCCAAUCUCUCUCACUCCUCUCCUUGCCUCUGCCUUCGAUCUCACUCGCCCUCAGGUCGCCGAUAUCAUCCACUCCUCCCGUCCCGAUCUCGUCUUCUUCGAUUUCGCUCAUUGGAUUCCCGAUAUCACUGCUCCGCUCCGGAUCAGAUCUCUUUGUUUUACUGUCGUUAGUGCCGCGUCUAUUGCGGUGACUGUCUUCUCUGGUAGGACGGUUAGUAUUGAUCAACCUCUUACGGAGGAGGAUUUCCGGGAGCCGCCACCUGGUUACCCAUCCUCCACCGUCGUUUUCCAUGGCUCCCGUGAGUCUCGCUCCCUCCUCUUCUUGUCCAUGCCCUUUGGCCAAGGCAUAACAUUUCACGAGCGACUUAUGACGUCUUACAAGAAAAGCGACGCCAUAGCCAUGAGAACAUGCCAAGAAAUCGAAGGAGAUUUUUGCAACUACUUAUCAAACCAAUUCCACAAGAAGAUUUUACUAACAGGGCCACUCAUGGCAUCAUCGUGGGCGUCCGAGAACAAGACGACGACGACCAACACAACCAUUUUAGAUGAGAAAUGGGAGAAAUGGCUAAGCCAGUUCCAACCAAAAACAGUAAUCUUUUGUGCAUUUGGAAGCCAAGUGAUCCUAGAAAAACACCAACUAGAAGAACUAGUCUUGGGAAUUGAACAAACAGGGCUGCCAUUUUUGGUAGCUCUAAAGCCUCCAAUGGGGUGUAAUUCAAUGGAAGAGACAUUACCAAAGGGUUUUGAAGAAAGGGUUAAAGAAAGAGGUAUUGUUUAUGGAGGUUGGGUUCAACAACCAUUGAUUCUUAAACAUUCAUCAGUUGGUUGUUUUGUGAGCCAUUGUGGGUUUGGUUCAAUGUGGGAAUCAUUAAUGAGUGAUUCUCAAAUUGUAUUGAUUCCAACACUUGGGGAUCAAAUUUUGAACACUAGGCUGUUGGCUCAAGAGCUCAAAGUGGGAGUGGAGGUCAAGAGGGAAGAAGAUGGAAGUUUUACAAGGCAAAGUGUGAGACAGGCCAUUGAAUUAGUGAUGGAAGAUGCAAAUAAUGGAAGUGGGGUUGGUGAGAUGGUUAAGAAAAAUCAUGCAAAAUGGAAGGAUUUAUUGACAAAACCAGGUUUCUUGGAUAGUUAUAUUGACAACUUUGUUAAGAAUUUGCAAGAGCCUUGGAGCUAGAUUAGCUAACAUAUAUAAUUG